AUGGGAGUACCAAUAACAUACUACUGUGUUAGUGAACCAGAACCAGUCCAGACUCUAGCAGAAAUGCUGGCUCGCGUAGCUGUGAAGGAUUUAUUUCCUUCAGAUGAACAGCUUGAGACGUUUAUCAAGAAAAAGUACAUUGGUAUUCCUAUUGAAAACCAAAAGAAGAUUGUGUCCAUAAUUCUCGAGAAUCUUAAAGCCGAUAAGGAACUCACGGACGAGCAGUCCAAAGAAAUCAUUGCAUUGGCAGAAAAACCAUCUGAAUUGGCAGCCCUAGGAAACAUCAUCUUGCGCAGCUCAAAAUUCGGUGCACCCAUAGGUCUCGCGUUGUACAAAUGCUCCAUGACGCAAGGUGAUGACAGAGGUGCAUUCAGUUAUGCAAAUAUGCUCUACAGAGGUUACAAUGGAACACCAAAAGAUGAAAUGAAAGCAAUCGAAAUUAUGUCAAAAUUGGCACAAAAGGGACACCCUUAUGCUCAAAUGAAUUUGGCUGCAAUUUUGAUGAGAACACAGCCAGAUAAGGUUGAAUCAGCUAUUAAACUUUAUUCUCUUGCAGCAAAGGGAGGUUUGGACAGUGCGUACAUGGAACUUGGAAGAAUGUAUCGUUUAGGGUAUGGUGUUCAUCAAGAUCACAACACGGCCAUUGAUUAUUUCAAAAAGGGUGCUCAAGCAGGAAAUCCUCAAUGCAACUUUAUGCUGGGUGUCUAUUAUUCGUCUGGACUGGGAGUGGAAAGUAAAGAACCUGACCAGGCAAAGGCAUUCAAAUGCUUCCAAAAAGCAGCACUCAAAGGUUUACCUGAAGCACAAUACAAUGUUGGACUGCGAUUCUUAAAAGGCCAUGGAGUAGAGUCCAACCCUUUCAAUGCAGCAGAAUUCUUUAGGAUGGCAGCCAUGCAAGGGUUUCAGUUGGCACAGAUAAACUUGGCAGGCAUGUACAUUGAAGGAUGUGGCGUGAAAAAGGAUCUUGAUGAAGCACGUGCUCUGUUGGAAAAGGCUAUUGUGAAAGGUGGCGCGAUUGGAAAAGAUGCUCAAAAGAGAUUAGACGAACUUGAUAAUGUAAAGAAGGACUCUUCUAAAUGUACCGUUAUGUAA